GCUGCCCAGUACAGAAGUGAAUGGGAAAAGUGGGGCACUGGCACUCCAUACUUAUAUAGUCAAAGACUUGUAUAGUCAAAGGUGACAAACAACAACAAACAACAAGGAUGAUCGAUGCGUAUCAUGCGUGAAACGGAACGCACCCAUGAUACCCACAGCCAACGUUUGACUAGAGAGCUAACGCAUGUGCACAACGCAAAAUGUAACCAACGGGAGAGAGACACGAGUAUACGUCUGCACCGUGAUGUUUUCGCCCAAGGUCGGAGCCCGCUAGCAAUAUUGAAGUAUUACAUAUAAUAGUCAUAUAUGGUCAAACUCGACGAUUUUGCGCGCACAGCUUCAUGUCGUGCGGCCGUCGCACUGCGGCAUCGCCGACGGAGCAAUGGCGGACGGCGAGGAGUCGCGCGAAGAUAAGUGAUCUGUUGGUGUCUGUUAUCGAUACGCGUUAACCGUGGCCCGUCAUCUAUCAAUCUCUUCCCUGUUUUUUGCCCUUAAGACUUUGUGAGGUAAAUAUCGCAGUGUCGUAUGCUAAAAAAUCGGACGUUUAUUCGAGGGAGAGGAAAAGGAAAAGAGGGAAAACCGGAUGACACAAGGAUAAUGCGCAACUCCGGCAGGACGAGGGUGUGAAAGUAAAGCGGGAGUAAGUGAAAACGUUGAAUCCACGGUGUCUCGUGUCACAGUGUCUCGUGUCACGGUGUCUCGUGUCACUACCGAUGUAGGAAUGAAUGAAACCUAUCCACGAAUAACGACGUCUUCCGUGUUUGCGAAUGGACGCAGAAAACGAGUACAAGCUUUGGACUAAGACGGAUAUCACCAUAGAGCUUGUAUUAAUGGAGAGGUCGUUGCUAUAUGUCGGAGUCCGCGCGGGGAGAAUCGACAGAGACAUGAAUAUAUUCUCAUAUAUUCUGUCUCUUUUCCUGUUGGACAUCCCUACCACGCCGUUUUCUAGAAGGAAAGAUGCGCACAUACGAACAGUACGACAGGUACGAGCCUACUUACUUGGUGUCUACUUGGGCCUUAGGCUGUUACAGUUACAAUUAGUACAAAAAAUUUUUACAUACGAAAGUAAUACUGUGCAUUCAUUGAUUGGUAUGCAUCUUUUAGAUUCUAAAUUAUGCACCACUUAAUGAAUACACAGUGUUAUCUUUGUAAGCAAUUUUUUUUCGUACGAGUUCGAGAAUCGGGCCUCAGAUUGUAUAGUUACGAACCUGUUUCCACAUGAAAAAAGACAGUAUGUAUCCACCUCUCUGUCGAUUCUGUCCGCGCGCGAUGCACCAAAAGGUCCCUCCAUUAAUACAAGCUCUAUGGAUAUCACUAACGCGGGACUGCCGCCGAACGCCACCACAGUUCGAACGAGAGUGUCCAGGAUCUCCACUCCGGUCGCUAACCAGAGUUCAUUCGUCCAGCGCAGACGCUUUUUGAGAGAAUUCUCGAACGAUCGGCAGUACGUCAUUUUCGAUCGGAGCUCGCGCCAGCUCCGAUAUUCCGGAGCUGUCACUCAGCUGUCACUCCAGGUGGCGCCAUCUUACGGGCUCGGAGGCUAGCGCCUUACACCAGCAUGUUCUCUUGCACGGCUUAUUUUUCUCUUUCCGUUAGAAAGAAAAAAGAAGAGAUAAACAACGCGAAAGAAUCGAGGUCUGCCCUAAACGCAAGAAAUACAGCUGAGAAACAGAUCGAACGAUCCCAAUCUGGAUUUGUUCUCUGCGCUUUAUUCCUGCACUUUCUGUACUUAUGGCAAUCACUCCAUAGGAUUCUUCCCUUACUCCCGAUCCUUUCCCCUACUGGAACAGCUGUCUCUCUGUGUAAAGUGAUAAUGUGUGCUUUCCAGCAAGACACAGUGUAACACAGUAUCCACUAGUGUGAGCGAGACACACUGACAUGUUCUUUCUCACACUAAUGGACACUGUGUUACACUGUGUCUUGCUGGAAAGCACACAUUCUUUUCUCGCACACUGCACGUUUAUGACAUGUUCGUUAUACAAUAUUUAUCGUGUGAUUGUGUAUAAAGAGUAAAAAAACAAGCAAAAGAGCAUUCAAUAACAUUUUAUCUCAUCCAUAUGCUUGAAUGAGAAUGAAAAUGAAUAUGCAUGAGAUUACAGAGAACAUCGUGAAUCAUAACAAUGUGCGACACAAAAAUAGAAGAUGAACUUGUGCAGUAACGACAAUAACUGCUUAUAGCGGACGAUGAGUAAUAGAUAUCGGAGGCUGAUAAUCGGAGGCACUUGUUCGAGAUACAUGAUCAGCAGGAUCUGGAGUCGACUCCAACAAACAGGAGAAUUGAAAAGGAAUGUGCAUGAGGGAUCUUGCACGAUUCGUGUAUCGUCAAGAAAUUAUUGUGAGCCGGCGAUAGAUUUCUGAACCCACUACAGAGUAACUCUCUGAUGCACUUCUGAAUCAACAAACCGGCGGGCAGAUAUUACGGCUUCACUGGCCGAUACCCCAUCACACUUGUGCCAAAAUCAUACAACUAAUGUCGGCGCGGUGAUGAACUUAGUCAAAUGGCGUCCCCAGUGCAUCUCCGAUUCACUCAGGUCAACCUUGCACCCCGAAACUUAUCGCCAGCUGGUUCUAGUAAUAUCAAUAACCCUCAUCGAAGCAUCGAACUUGCCGGCUUUCGGCUGCGUUGUGGUAUCUGGUCCACCUUUGCUGUAGCAAUAGUUUUUGUGGCGGUCGCAAAAUUCUUCUUUGGUUAUCAGGGUCCUGGCUUGGAGAUACUCAUGUUUUGUGGAUUACUAAUAUUGGUGUUGUCUACCUGUUUAUACCUGAUCUUCUGCAAGUACAAUCGUGACAGAAAUGAUCAUCCUAGCAGUCGGUCGGAGCAUAACGCUCAGAUGCAGGAAGAUCAUAUCGUUACUGUGACGAACGCGUCUAGUAUCGGCGAUAGUGUUGUUAAUACAACGACGACGGUGAGGCAGAACCCACCUCCUCCUUAUCAUAUUGCUAUUUUAAUACCGCCGUCACCGCCGCCGUCAUCGCCGCCGUCAUCGCCGCCGUCAUCGCCGCCACUCGUAUCCUCGGAGGAGGCGUCGCCACCUUCGUACGACAAGGCAUGCGAUGAAAUCCAACGGCAUAAAAUUUAACUAGAACGGCUCUCGUCUAAGAAUUCUUACUUCGAUAUUUUUGUGUUCGUUACGCAAGGCAGCACAAGUCAGUUCUCUAGAUUUAAGCAACCAUUCACGUCUGUGAUAAGUGCGCAAUGAUAAUGAUACAUCGAUAACACAUUGGGAGUUCAGUUCGGGGAAAGAAGAUUCACGCGGCAAUAUUUUUUAGUGGGCAUUACAGAGAAAGCCGCGUUUCGCCAAUGAAUUUCCGUUUGAUACGAGUAUAAAAUAUAUUCUAAUCUUUUUACUAUACUUUAUACUAUACUUUACUAUGAAACUGUGUGAUAUAUAUUUAACUUAGGUUUAGCCACAAUGUAGCGCGUUGCUGGAUAUUUGCUCUCGAUCCAUUCGUUUAUUCUUCCGGUUAGGACUUCCGCGAAGAUAAUCGCUUACAUUCGAGUUUCCUUCGAUAUACAUAAUUCACUAAAUUAUGUUUGAUUACAUAAUUGUCUUCAUGAUCUUAUAGAAUAAUCUACAAAAAUGACUUUUGUUACAUACAUAUAUAUAAUGAAUGCAUUUAUAAGAAGACGAGAAAGAGAGAGAAAAACGUAUGUAUAUGUGUGUACUUGUAAAUGAUUGUUUAUCUCAUAACUUGGUAUAUUUAAAAACAGCUACAUAUAAUACAUACUGAUGUGA